AUGGUCAACAUUCGAGAGUACUACGAGAAAGAUGGGAAGGAUUUGCCUGGCAAGAAGGGCAUCUCUCUUUCUCUCGAUCAAUACCAUAGUCUCCUAGCCUUGCUUCCGCAGAUAGAGACAGUACUCAUCUCCAAAGGCGAGAACGUUCCACGACCUGACUCUGGCAACUCCGGCAAGCCGAGCACUGCGAAACAGGAACAGGACUCGGAUCAAGACGAAGACAAUACCGUCGAUGCAAAACACGUGCCCGAGAACAAGCUUGACAAGUAUAUGAUGAAAGGGAACCAUGAGGCCACGAGCGACGAGGACGAUGAUUGA